AUGGCAAUGCAAUUAGGGUCUUUGCUGUUGGGUCUGGUGCUAGUCAUUGGCUUUUCAUUGCAAAGUAGCGAAGCUGCUACAGAUCCACCAGUUGUUUGUGACUUUCUCAACAGGAGCAGUUUCGAAACAGGGUUCGUAUUUGGUGCGGCUUCAGCAUCUUACCAGUAUGAAGGUGCUGCCUUUGAAGAUGGUAGAGGACCAAGCAUAUGGGAUAACUUCACUCACCAAUAUCCAGAAAAAAUCGCGGAUGGGACCAACGGAGAUGUUGCUAUUAAUCAAUAUCACCGCUAUAAGGAAGAUUUGGCAAUUGCGAAGAACAUAGGGUUGGAUGCUUAUAGGUUCUCUAUCUCAUGGUCCAGAUUGUUACCAAAUGGAAAGCUAAGUGGGGGAGUAAAUCAGGCUGGAAUUGAAUAUUACAACAAGCUCAUCAAUGAAACCAUACGCCAAGGUUUAAAGCCAUUUGCAACAAUCUUCCAUUGGGAUCUUCCCCAAGCUUUAGAAGAAGAAUUUGGUGGUUUGUUAAGCCAUCAGAUUGUGGACUAUGCAGACCUUUGUUUUAGGGAAUUUGGUGACAGAGUAAAGCAUUGGAUUACGUUGAAUGAGCCAUAUACCGUUAGUAACAUGGGUUAUGCAAUCGGGACAUUCGCACCGGGACGAUGCUCUAACUGGCAACAACUAAACUGCACCGGCGGAGAUUCAGCACGUGAACCAUAUUUGGUAACACACCACCUCCUCCUUUCUCAUGCAGCUGCUGUCCAAGUGUACAGGAGUAAAUAUCAGGCAUCUCAAAAAGGCGUGAUAGGGAUAACACUAGUGUCACAUUGGUUUAAGCCGAUAUCUGAGGCACCGCACCAUAGAAAUGCAGCAACACGGUUCAUGGAGCCAAUUACAAGCGGCCAUUAUCCGCACAGCAUGCGACUUCUUGUUGGACGUCGAUUACCAAAAUUCAACGAAGAAGACUCCAAGUUGCUAGCUGGGUCAUUUGAUUUUCUUGGACUAAAUUAUUAUACUACUUACUAUGCAAGCUAUGCAGGUCACAACAAUUCUGUAAAGGCAAGCUAUGUAACAGAUCCUCGCGUUAAUCAAUCACCGGAGCUUAACGGGGUCCUCAUUGGUCCACAGGCUGGCUCAGACUGGUUAUAUGUCUAUCCAAAAGGAAUUCACGAUCUUUUAGUGUACGUAAAAGAAAAGUAUAAUGAUCCAAUCAUUUACAUUACUGAGAAUGGCGUUGAUGAGUUGGAUGAUCCCAAUCUAUCACUUGUGGAAGCUCUUAAUGAUACCGAUAGAAUCGACUACUUUCAUCGCCACAUUUGUUAUGUUCAAGCAGCAAUAAAGGAUGGUGUCAAAGUGAAGGGAUUCUUUGCAUGGUCAUUGCUAGACAAUUUUGAAUGGGCUUCUGGAUACACUGUUCGAUUCGGUCUCAACUAUGUGGAUUUCAAAGAUGGACUAAAAAGGUAUGAAAAACGCUCAGCGCAGUGGUUCAAAAAUUUGCUCAAGAAGUGA